AUGGCUGGCUUGAUAGUGUCAAGGCACGACGGGAGGAUCAUCAUCAUCGUCAUCAUGAUGCAACCUGACAGCAACCCUGCGCGUCUCGCCCGAGCAGAAGCAGCCGAAGUCAAAGACAAAGAAGAAGAAACAAAGAUGGCGAAGCUCCUAUCUGGACCGUCACCCGGCGCCGCUAAGAAAGAGUCGCAGCCGGGCGACGCGCCGUUGCCGUCCUACAGCUCGUCCAGCUCGAAAGUCGUCGACACCGGCUCGCUCUCUUCCACCAUCGUCGAGGACGUGAGCGGCUACGUCCGUCUGCCCCUGGUCUUCGUCAACAUGGUGGUCAUGCUGCUCUGCCUGCUCGGCUUCUGGAGCUCCCUGUACACGCUCCUGACGCGCUCCUCCGUGCCACCCGGUGCACCGGCUCGGAACUUUGUCGUGGUGCUCUUCGAGCGGCCCGAGAUUCCUGCGCUGUUCCUGUCCAGCGUGGCAUUCGUGACCGCCUCUUUCGGCUUCCUCGGUGCCCUGCGCGAGAACGUCAUCCUGCUCACCGUUUACGUGCGCCUGAUGACCGCACUGGCCGUGCUUCUCGUUCUGCUCGCGGUGUUGGCGUUCUUCCUGCCGUCGGCCGCACACCGCUACGCGGAACGCUCGGUGUCCCGCGACAUGAUCGCCGCGUACCGCGACAGCGCCGAACUGCAGGGCUUCGUCGACUGGAUGCAGCUGGAGUACCGCUGCUGCGGCGUCUCGUCCGAGGGGUUCCGCGACUGGAACCACAACCCGUACUUCGCCUGCAACUCGAGCAACCCGAGCCGCGAGCGGUGCAACGUGCCGGUGUCGUGCUGCCGCAAGAACGAGACGUCCGCUGGACGGCCGCCGGACGUCGACUGUGGCAAGAACGUGUUGCAGGUGUCGGACCAGGCGGCUUGGGCCCGCGUGAACACGCGAAGCUGCGCUGACGCCCUGUUCAGCCGGAUGCGCGACCGCGCCUUCCCCACCUCCAUGUUGUUGCUGGCACUGUGCCUGGCCACCCUCCUCCUAGUGUCGCUGGCCAUCGCCACGCGAGAGCAGGUGCGAGCGUUGUCCGCCAUCUACGACGUCUACUACAGGCACCUGGAAGAAGGCCAAGAAGUCAUGGUGGCACGUGACACAACCGGCCUGCAUGAAGCCCGGGCACGGUGUCAGGGCCGUGCGGCAAAGCCGCCGAGAAACUUCUGGCAGCGCUUCCGGGGCCUGCUCGGCAGGAAAUGA